UCCUCCCCGUCGCUCGGCGCGCUCCCUCCUUCCCUCCACCCCUCCGGUCCUCCGCCCGGUGCGCCCCGCCCGCAAGCCGCUCGCUCGCAGCCACUCGCAGCCGGGGCUCAGUCGCAGCCCCUCGGAGUCCGGAGCCGGCUGCCCCUGCGGGCCGGACAGUGCCACCGGCGGCCGGGACGGAGCCCCCCAGCACGCGAUCAGGGCGCGGCGCAGGCGGCCGCGGCGCGGCGGGGAGGAGCCCGGGCCGGAACCAGGGCUGGGCCGGGGGCGGGGACGCCGGGGUCCCGGAGCCCCGGAGCCGGAGCGAGCUCAGGAGCGUCGCGGGAGCCCGGGGAAGGAAGAUCGGAAGCCUGAGGGAGCCGAGCCACCCUACAAAGUGCGAUGCCCCCGAGGGGCUGAGGCGCGCGGCGUUCAGUGCUGGAAAGAUCGCCUCGGAGCGGCGCGGCGCGCAGGGGCAGUCCCGGCGGGUGGCGGCGGGCCCGGGCUGCGACCCGAGCGAGCCCCAUGCCCCGUGCGGGCUGACGGGCCGGAGCCCGCACUGAGCGGCCGGGCCGGACAGGUCCUAGUAGAACGACAUGAUGGUGGAAUCUGCAUCGGAGACAAUCAGGUCGGCUCCGUCUGGUCAGAACGGUGUGGGCAGCCUCUCUGGGCAGGCUGAUGGCGGCAGUGGGACCGGGACCGCAGGCACGGCUCCGGCCGCGGGAAGGGACGGCUCCGGCAGGGACGCCGCCAGCGGAGCUGACAGCAAUGGCGAGAUGAGCUCCACCGAGCUUCUGCACUUCCAACAGCAACAGGCUCUCCAGGUGGCCCGGCAGUUCCUGUUGCAGCAAGUCUCCAGCCUGAACUCCCCGGGGAACAAUGACAGCAAACAGUCGGCCUCUGCAGUGCAGGUGCCCGUGUCUGUGGCCAUGAUGUCGCAGCAGAUGCUCACCCCUCAGCAGAUGCAGCAGAUCCUGUCACCCCCUCAGCUGCAGGCCUUGCUACAGCAGCAACAAGCGCUCAUGCUCCAGCAGCUGCAGGAAUAUUAUAAGAAGCAGCAAGAGCAACUCCAUCUGCAGCUCCUCACCCAGCAGCAGGCUGGGAAACAGCAGCCCAAGGAGGCUCUGGGGAACAAACAGCUGGCCUUCCAGCAGCAGCUCCUGCAGAUGCAACAGUUGCAGCAACAGCACUUGCUCAACCUACAGAGGCAGGGGCUGGUCAGCCUGCAGCCUAGCCAAGCCUCAGGGCCCCUCCAGGCCCUCCCGCAAGCAGCCGUGUGCCCGACAGACCUGCCUCAGCUGUGGAAAGGCGAGGGUGCCCCAGGGCAGCCUGCUGAGGACAGCGUCAGGCAGGAGGGGCUGGACCUGGCCAGCACGGCUGCUACUGCUACCUCGUUUGCCAGCCCCCCUAAGGUCUCCCCACCUCUCUCCCACCACCCCUUACCCAACGGACAGCCCACUGUGCUCACAUCUCGGAGAGACAGCUCCUCCCACGAGGAGACCCCCAGUUCCCACCCCCUUUAUGGACAUGGAGAAUGCAAGUGGCCAGGCUGUGAGACCCUGUGUGAAGACCUGGGCCAGUUUAUCAAACACCUCAACACAGAACACGCUUUGGAUGACCGGAGCACGGCCCAGUGCCGCGUGCAGAUGCAGGUGGUCCAACAGCUGGAGAUCCAGCUCGCCAAGGAGAGUGAGCGGUUGCAGGCCAUGAUGGCCCAUCUGCACAUGCGGCCUUCAGAGCCUAAGCCCUUCAGCCAGCCAGUGACCAUCUCUGCAGACUCAUUCCCAGAUGGCCUCGUGCACCCCCCAACUUCAGCGGCUGCCCCUGUCACACCCCUGCGACCUCCUGGCCUGGGCUCUGCAUCUUUGCAUAGCGGGGGCCCUGCUCGCAGGAGAAGCAGUGACAAAUUCUGUUCCCCCAUCUCCUCAGAGCUGGCCCAGAAUCAUGAAUUUUACAAGAAUGCUGAUGUCAGGCCCCCCUUCACCUACGCCUCCCUUAUCCGCCAGGCCAUUCUGGAAACUCCGGAUAGGCAGCUGACUCUAAAUGAGAUCUAUAACUGGUUUACCAGGAUGUUCGCCUAUUUCCGGAGAAACACCGCCACCUGGAAGAACGCCGUGCGCCACAACCUCAGCCUGCAUAAAUGCUUCGUCCGUGUGGAGAACGUCAAGGGGGCUGUGUGGACCGUGGAUGAGCGCGAAUAUCAGAAACGGAGACCACCAAAGAUGACGGGGAGCCCCACCCUGGUGAAGAACAUGAUCUCUGGCCUCAGUUAUGGGGCACUUAACGCCAGCUACCAGGCUGCCCUGGCAGAGAGCAGCUUCCCCCUCCUCAGCAGUCCUGGCAUGCUGAACCCUGGCUCAGCCAGCAGCCUUCUGCCCCUCAGCCAGGAUGACAUAGGUGCCCCUGGGGAGCCACUGCCCAGCAACGGGAGCAGCAGCCCCCCUCGCCUCUCCCCUCCUCAGUACAGCCACCAGGUGCAAGUAAAAGAGGAGCCUGCUGAGGCAGAGGAAGACAGGCGGCCGGGGCCUCCCCUGGGAGCCCCCAACCCCAGCACCGUGGGGCCUCCGGAAGACAGGGACCUGGAGGAGGACCUGCCAGGCGAGGACAUGUCCUAAGGGCUGGGUGGGCAGGCAGGGCAGGCCAAGACCCUGCCGCCCAGUCCAGACCCUAGCCCACCCACCCCACUCUACAGCCCCCUCCAACCUCAAGGCACUUCGGGGACUCAGACGGGGGAGACCUGGGCCGGCAGCUCCCUAAGCCACCUGACUGACAAGACGCCUGGGGGCAGGCACAUCCCUGCCCCUGAGAGGACACAGAACCCUUGGCCCCGGGACCCCGGGACGUGGAGGGCCCAGACCCUCUCAGACCCUCCCUGUAUCCCAACCACCAGCAGCAGCAGGGCCCUCCUCCCCCACCAGUGCUCCCUUCCAGGGCCCCUCAGCACAGGGGAGACCCGCAGGCGGGGCUGAGCCACCCUGACAUCCCUGACCUUCAUCUCCUGCCCUGGCUGUGGCAGAGGUUUCUGGUCAGAGGACCCUUCCUGGUUUGUCUUCCCCUUGACCUUUCCCAACUGUGAAGAUUGUAAUUCUCCAGCCCCAGCUCCCUGCUCAAUGGGGCAAGCAGACUGGGAAUGCAGCUGCAGCCCAGCCCCUCAAGCUGCUGGCAUGGGGCAAGUUGUGCCCUGCCCUUCCCCCACACACACCGGAGACAGGACCCAGACGAAAACAGGCCUCCACCCUAGCCUGUUUGCCGGGUGCUCCUGUGGCACCCCAACUUGAGGAAGCACUGAGGGACCCCCAUGCUGGGCACCUUCACAGCUGUGUGCACAGGCAGCCUCUGUGGCCCAAGCAUCACAGUACAGGAGAAAGCCAGGCGGGAACCAUCCUCAGCCCCAGCCUGCGGGCCCCCCUCCCCCCGCACUGGGGUCCUCUCACCCCCUCAGCACCUGUCCCCCCCAGUUAAACGGAUGACCAAAGACCUUUCUUAUGCCGGAAGCAAAAACCAAAUCUUUUUGUUGGCUUUUUCCUUUGUCGCCUCCUGAGCACCCUGCCUGCCCUUCUGCACCCCGGCCCCAGGCUGGAAGCCAUCCCUCCACUUAAGUUAUUGUUUAAAACCAAAGUUUACAGUGUCUGUUGGUGGCAAGACCCUCUCCUUCCCCUCCCCCAGGGUCUAGGGGUCCUGCCAACUUCCCCUCUGCUUUACCCCCCACCUAAGGAGAAGGGAGAGGGCAGGAUCCUACCCCCAACCCUGGGCUGCUUUCUGGGGACUCUUCAGACCCCUGCAGAGGACCAAGUCCCCAUUGUGCUGGGAGUGUGGAUUCUAGCAGACUCUAGAGCUGGAAAAAUUGAGACUCCACAGACCCCCUAUGGGGGACCCACAACCCAAGGCCAUGGACUGGGUGUCAGGGAUGCCCAGAGCACCCUGCGACAGCCCCUACCCUGAGAAAGACUCCUUGGACAUAUCCCAGGAGAACCCCACAUCCACCGUCAACCCCUAUCCCACCCCACACAAGCCGCCCUCCUGAGAGGCAAGGGGCCCCGGCCUUCCCCGUGUAUCCCCACCUGUGUUCCGUUUGACCAGCACAGAAAUAUUAAAGUCCUCUAUU